AACCACGUGUGGGACAAGGAGCGAGCGUUGGGAGUCUUGUCAGAAAUAAUUUAGUUGAUGAGCCGCGUCUCAGUUGUACUUGAAAUUUUGUACAAGGCACAGGUCCUUGAUCGGCCCACCCGAUUUUUAGAGAAUUUGUGCGUUGGAGUGAUACGUGUUGACAUGGAGGAGGAACGGAUUAUUGCCUCGAAUAUGGAGAAGAGUUCAGCGGUUACCGUAACGCCGUUUUCGAUAAACGAUAUUUUGAGUAGGAGGAAUAAAGAGGAGGAGGACGAGGAUGAUGUGCAGGAGGCCGCUUUGGAUAUGUCCAAGAGUCAAAGGACACCAGAUGUUUCAGAACCGCUGCCUAGCGUGGCGUCGAUCCCGUCGGGCUACGCAUCGCCCAGCCAAUCGGACGAGUCGGUGCGCGACGCCAGCCAACCCAACCGCAAGAAGAGAUCGCGCGCCGCGUUCACGCACGCUCAGGUCUUCGAAUUGGAGCGCCGUUUCAGCCAGCAACGUUACCUGAGCGGACCGGAAAGGGCCGAUCUGGCCCAGGCUCUCAAGCUGACCGAGACCCAGGUGAAGAUCUGGUACCAGAACCGGCGCUACAAGACCAAGAGGAAGCAGUUGCAGAUGCAGGAAUCGAAUCUGAUGGGCCAGAACGCCAGGAAGGUGGCCGUCAAGGUCCUGGUCAAGGACGACGUGCCGAUUUUCCUGCAGCAGAAGCCGGUUUAUCCCAAAGGUGGGUUCUACGGCGAGCCGAAGGGGGAGUUCUUCGUUUAUGAUCAGUUGAACAAGACGAUGGGUCAGAAGUACCCCAAAACGUUGCAGGAGAGCAUGAUCAGCCUCUGUCAGCAGUACACGAAUUCCAUGCAGCUGUUUCCGUAUUUUAAUUAUUACCAUCCGUCACUUUUGGGGAAUUUGGCGCAGACUGAGGACGAUAUUAGUCCUGAAAGCAGGGAACAAAAUUAAGGGAGGAAACUGAUAGGAUUAUGAGUAGUUUCACUUUUGUAUGACAAUCGACACUCACCUAGGUUGAUAUUAAGUUUGAUUCGUGAUAUUUUUGUACAUAUUAGGUUUAGCCUUUCAUUUAAGUGCAAUAAUUAGGUUCUUAUUUAUUGUAAAAUAAUGUAAAAAGAUGUAAA